AUGUCUGAUAUUAAGUCGGUUCUAUUAAUUGGUGGUGCUGGUUUCUUAGGUUUGCAUCUUAUUCAACAAUUUCAUGAAGUUCAACCAACUCCAAAAAUUCAUGUUUUUGAUAUUAGACCAUUACCAGAAAAGUUAUCUAAACAAUUCACCUUUAGUCGUGAUGACAUCGUUUUUCACAAAGGUGAUUUAACCUCCCCUGAAGAUAUGGAAAAAGCUAUCAAGGAAAGUGGAGCUAAUGUGGUUGUUCACUCUGCUUCUCCUAUGCAUGGUAACACACAAGAAGUGUAUGAACUCGUAAAUGUCAAAGGUACGAGAAAUAUUAUUGAUGUAGCUAAAAAGUGCGGUGUCAAAGCGUUGGUUUAUACCUCUUCUGCUGGUGUGAUUUUUAAUGGACAAGAUAUUCAUAAUGCAGAUGAAACAUGGCCAAUUCCAGAAGUUCCAAUGGAUGGUUAUAACGAAACAAAGGCGAUUGCAGAAGAUAUGGUGUUAAAGGCUAAUGAUCCUGCAAACAACUUCUUGACCAUUGCAUUACGUCCUGCUGGUAUAUUUGGACCAGGUGACAGGCAAUUGGUUCCUGGUUUGAGAACAGUUGCAAAACUUGGUCAAUCAAAGUUCCAAAUUGGUGAUAAUAACAAUCUGUUUGACUGGACUUACGCUGGAAAUGUUGCAGAUGCCCAUGUUCUAGGUGCUAAAAAAUUAUUAAAUCCUGAAACUGCUGAUAACGUUUCUGGUGAGACCUUUUUUAUAACUAAUGAUUCACCAGCUUACUUCUGGGCGUUGGCUCGUACAGUUUGGAAGGCAGAUGGCCAUAUUGAUAAAAAUGUUAUUGUUCUAAAAAGACCAAUCGCUAUCUUAGCUGGUUAUUUGUCUGAAUUCUUUGCAAAACUAUCUGGUAAAGAAGCUGGUUUGACACCAUUCAGAGUUAAGAUUGUUUGCGCUUACCGUUAUCAUAACAUUUCAAAAGCUAAAGAAUUGCUAGGUUAUAAACCAAAUGUUGAUAUUGAAGAAGGUAUCAACAGAACUUUGGCCUGGAUGGAUGAACAUUUAGAUGACUAA